AUGCUGCUACACAUUUUCGAUAGGAUCUGGACGCUGACCUUGAUAUACGCUGCGCUCGUCUUUGCUGCAUGGCAAGCGGGGAKAUUCACCACUGACCUGAUCGCAUACGGAAUCUUCCUCUCCUCGACGGUGCUCUAUCUCACCAAAGUUGCAACACACGUAGACCAGGAACGGAAAAUCACCGCACUCGGAAAACAUGCCCCAUCUCUUCGUACGGCAACCCCGUUCAACCUUGGUAUACUAGCACAAGCAGUGUACCACUUCUCUAUCCAUAAGAAUCAUGAGUUCUGGCACAAAAUGUUCAAAAAGGGCAAUGCAAACAGACCUUAUACUGUCGAAGCAGUAACCGCUGGCGGACGUAUUAUCUUUACAGCAGAUGAGGAGAACAUCAAGGCUAUUCUUGCCACUCAGUUCCAGGAAUAUGGCAAGGGACCUCAAUUUCGCAAAGAAUGGAAGGACUUUCUGGGCCUAUCGAUAUUCACAACAGACGGCGAGCUCUGGCACAAUUCUCGCGCGCUCCUCAGGCCUCAAUUCAUUAAAGAUCGGGUUUCCGAUCUCCACACUUUCGAGCACCAUGUACAGCAGCUCUUGCCCAUGCUGGCUGGUGACUCAAAGGGGGCGACGAUUCGACUCGAUGAUCUGAUUUACAGAUUCACCCUGGACGCAGCAACUGGUUUCCUCUUCGGUCGCAGCGUCGACAGCUUGGCCAAUGGCGAGACUGAGUUUGCCAGUGCGUUUACUGUAGUACAGAAUGUUCAGGCUACUAUUGCUCGCGCGGGUYCUGUAAGAGGAUUGGUGCCAAGAAAGAAGUUCCAAGAGGCUUUGGCUGUGCUGAACAAGUUCACCAGCCAGUACAUCGAUGAAGCUCUGGCGCUUCCACAAUCAGAAUUGGAGAAGAAGAGCAAGUCUGACGACGGCUAUACAUUCCUCCAUGCUUUGGCCGGAUACACGCGAGACAGACAAGUACUGCGAGAUCAGCUGGUGGCUGUACUCCUUGCCGGACGAGACACCACAGCAGUGACACUUUCUUGGCUGUUUUACGAAAUCUCGAAGCAGCCUGAGAUAGUGGAGAAGUUGCGCAGAGAAAUCGCGCAGCAUUGCCCUGAUCAGAAACCGACAUACGAGAACUUGAAAUCGAUGAGAUAUCUGAACCACACGAUUAACGAGACGCUACGACUCUACCCGGUCGUUCCAUACAACGUCCGUGUGGCAUUGCAGGAUACUACUUUACCCCAUGGAGGUGGCCCUGAUGGCAUGGAGCCAAUAGGUAUCACCAAGGACACACCAAUCGGAUACUCAACACUCAUCAUGCAACGGCGUGAAGAUAUCUACCCUUCACAAGCAAGUGGCUUUCCUGACCAUCUCGCCUUCGUGCCAGAGCGAUGGGAAACAUGGACGCCACGUCCUUUCACAUACAUUCCAUUCAACGGAGGCCCAAGGAUAUGCAUCGGUCAGCAAUUCGCCCUUACUGAGAUGGCGUAUACUAUUGUCAGGAUACUGCAAACUUUUGAGAAGGUGGAGAGUCGAAACGACGGGUUCCCUGGACUACGCAGCGACAUUGUGCUGCAGCCCCAGAAAGGUCAGUCCUGUUGUCCCAUUUCGCUAUUGAUGACAAUGUGCUAA